UGCGGAUUUUCGGGAUGCCAGAAUAGCCGACGCGAAGUGUUUAUUCAUAUCGACACGCGUUCGCACGUGUGGACGCACGAUUUAUCCACCUGUGUUUAAUUCCGCGGUAUCUCCCUCUCCUGAGUGAGAGACGGCAUCAUGUCGAACGGUCUAGCGUUAUUGAAUAACAACCAACAAUCAACACCGACAAAAUGCAGCGCGUCCAUGACUCCUGCUAAUGGUAAUACUCUCUUCGAGAACUCCUCGAGCGGCCACACAGUGCAGAUGGGACAAGGAAAUUUACCCAAAUCUCAAGUUCUUAAGAGAACUUCAGAAGUAGAUUUAGAAGAUAUUAUCAUCGCUAAAAAACGUCAUAAAAAUCCACAACCAAAAAACGCAGUAUGCGCGUUAAACGAGUUAAAAACCGGAGCUACAUACAAUGUUGUGGGCCAAACUGGACCCACACAUGCUCCAAUAUUUACGAUUGCAGUACAAAUUGAUGGUCAAACGUACGAAGGAAAAGGACGCACCAAGAAGAUGGCAAAGCAUGCAGCAGCCGAACUUGCUUUACGAAACAUUGUCCAGUUUAGAAAUACACCUGAGGUUCACCAAGCUAUCAAUACUUGCCAGCCUGUUGUGCCUCUUGAGCCAGAUUUUACAAGCGACGUGACUGAACGUGAUAACCAUCUUGUCAAUGCAUUUAAAACAUUAACCCAGGAGCCAAAGAAUACUAAUAAGUUUUUAGAUAAAGGUCCAGUGGCAUUGAUUAAUGAAUUAUAUCCAGGCGUCGUAUAUAACUGUAUAUCCGAUAACGGAGAAAGUUAUGCAAAGUUUACGAUAUCGGUAACAAUUAAUGGUGAGACAUUCGAGGGAACAGGUCCAAGUAAAAAACUAGCAAAAGCCGCAGCUAGUAAAGCAGCUUUAGCAAAAUUACGGAAUGUCCAUAGUUCUUCAUUUAGUUUUUCAUAUCCUGUUCGCAUCAGCUUUCCCUCUUCAGAAAUGACUUUACCGCAAAUGCUAGCUGACCAAAUUGGCAAGAUGGUUAAUCAGAAAUUUAGUGAACUUAUGAUAACUAAACCACAACACGCGCGACGUAAAGUUUUGGCUGGUAUCGUAAUAACGAAAGGACAAGAUAAUGCAGAAUUGAUAUGUGUUGCCACUGGUACAAAAUGCAUCUCAGGCGAACAUUUAAGCCGCAGCGGUAGUGGUAUAAAUGAUUGUCAUGCGGAAGUAAUAGCACGACGAUGUCUCUGUGAAUAUCUUUACAAUCAAUUAGAUUUGCACAUCGGAAAUGAAAACAAUGCUGACUCUAUUCUUGAGCCAACCAAAAAGGGUUUCAAAUUGAAAGAAGGCAUUCGAUUUCAUUUAUAUAUAAAUACCGCUCCUUGUGGAGAUGCGAGAAUUUUCUCACCUCAUGAAGAGAAUGACAUCAUAGAUAAGCAUCCCAAUAGACGAGCUAGAGGUCAAUUACGUACGAAAAUAGAAUCUGGUGAAGGGACUAUUCCUGUGAAAAGUAAUGAGGGUAUUCAAACCUGGGAUGGUGUAAUCGCAGGUACAAGACUGCUGACAAUGUCGUGUUCGGACAAAAUAGCUCGGUGGAACGUACUUGGUGUGCAAGGUGCACUCUUAAGCCACUUCAUCGAGCCAAUUUACUUCCACAGCAUUGUCCUCGGCAGUCUCUUAAAUCCGAGUCAUAUGUACAGAGCGAUAUGCGGUCGCAUUGAGAACACUAUUCAGGGUUUACCACCACCAUAUAGACUUAAUAAACCUUUAAUGAGUCUAAUUACAUCUAACGAGAUCAGACAACCUGGAAAAGCGCCUAAUUACAGCGUCAAUUGGACACUCGGACAAAGCGAAGCCGAAGUCCUAAGUUGCACAACUGGCAAAGAUGAAGUGGGGAAACCUUCUAGGUUAUGUAAACAAGCAUUCUUCAAGCGAUUCUUUAAUCUCGUACGUAAUCUUCCGACCAUAGACAAUGUUGACGAAGAAGAUUGUCGCCUGUACUUGGAUGCAAAAUCUUCAGCACAAGAUUACUCUCUUGCCAAGACUCAAUUGAAGGACGCUUUCACAAAAGCACAACUUGGAACUUGGGUGAAAAAGCCACAAGAACAAGACGAGUUCUAUAUCGAUAUCUGACUAAAUCAGAGUAACA